AUGUCUCUAUCUCGAAAAAGAAUCUUAUCGUUCUCUGAAAAUGCCCCCAAGCGCCAGGUCAGACGCUACGAAAACAUCGCCAGACUCUACUCGACACGCUCAGGCCAGUCCCACAUCGUCAUCCCCAGAAAACCUACGGGAGUAGUGAUAGGAAGGAGCAGUCUGUGUGACAUCAAGAUUGUUGGAAGCGACGUGUCGUCCAAACACUGCCAGUUGACACUCACUAUCAACAACAGCCAAGAACACCUCUACAUCACUGAUCUCAGUUCGAAUGGGCUCUACAUCAACGAUGAACUCUGCGGCAAAGGCACCAACACGCUCUUGAAAAGUGGCGACAAGGUGGGCUUUGCCAAAACAGGCGGCCAAUUCAUCUUUCGGUACUCGUUCGACGAAGAAGAAGGCACUGUCAAGACACACAAGCGAACGUUCUUCGACGACUAUAUUCUCGGGAACCAGCUCGGAUCAGGACACUACGCCGUGGUCAAGGAGGCUCGUGACAGAACCACGGGAGAUAUCGUGGCGGUAAAGGUUUUCCACCCCAAUAAGUCGUCCAAUGGCGACACCAACGACGCCAAGUUGCAGCAAGAAAUGAACUUGUUGUUGUCUAUCAACCACCCCAACAUCGUCAAGUUCAUCUCCCACUACAUCGAGCCCCUCAACCAGAACACGGUGUCCACCUACUUGGUGCUAGAAAAGAUGAACAACGGAGAAUUGUUCCAGAGAAUCGUCAACAAACUGAAGCUCAGACAAGACGAGACCAAAGCCAUCUUCAAGCAGUUGUUGUCAGGCGUCCAUUAUUUGCAUGAGAACAAUAUCAUCCACAGAGACAUCAAGCCUGAGAAUAUCUUGCUUGAUGUGACCCCCAGAACAUCGCUGAACGAAAAGCAAACCGGUCCGUGGGACGAUCACGAAUACGAUGUUAAGGUCAAGAUCGCUGAUUUUGGGUUGGCAAAAUUCAUUGGGGAAUUGAAAUUUACCAAUACGCUCUGUGGAACUCCAGCGUACGUUGCUCCGGAAAUCUUGCUUAAUGACCGCAAUUACUCCACCAAGGUGGACUUGUGGCUGGCGGGGGUUUUAUUAUACGUGUGCUUGUGUGGGUUUCCCCCUUUCAGUGACGAAUUGGCUCCUCCAAACAUGAAAGACCAGAUCUUGCAAGGAAAGUACGCAUUUUACUCGCCUUACUGGGACGAUAUCAGCGAUUCUGCUCUCGAUCUCAUCUCCAACUUGUUGGUGGUGGACGCUCGAGACCGUUUUGACAUUGUUCGGACCUGCCACCAUUUCUGGUUCGGUGAAGCAGACCAACAGGUGCGAGCAGUGAGUGACACAGAAGAGCAGGAUAUGGAGGAGGAUGUACCUAGUCAAUCGUCGAGCCAAGUAAAGAGACAGGUAUUGAGGUCGAAUACCCAGCCAAUGACAUUGAAGGAGCGAUUUACAUCUGAGUUGAAUUUCGGAUACGAUCGUUCUUCAAUUUUAUGA